UCAGUUCACAAGAAGGAACAAACGCAUUAACAUCAGGAAAAAAUACAGAAUGCAUCUUUCACACACAGUCAAAUACACAGUCAUGGCCAUUGGAAGCAUGUGGAAGAGGUGUUGUUUGGCUCAGGAUAAAAACAGAAACAGUCGCAUUAAAAGAGGAUUCAUUCUGCUGCUCACAUUGACAUCACUGUUUGUCAUCGCUUGUUUCUAUGAUUUCUCAAUCAAGCCAUUUAAACACCAUCAGACCUGGUUUAAUCUUGUAAAUCAGACUCUGUCCUAUAACGUGACUGAGGCCUUUUCUGGUAAAAUAUUUGCCUGGAGAUUCUUAACAGAUCAACACAUCAUUCAAACAACUACUGUACUAAAAGAACACGUUUCAGUGCAUUAUCAUGUGGCUCAUCCAAGAAACUAUCAUUUCAUCUUGGAUGAACCUGAUAAAUGUAAGCAGAAUCCGUUCCUGGCCUUCAUUGUUCCUGUGGCUCCUCAUCAAGUAGAUGCUCGUAUCGCCAUCCGGAGCACAUGGGGGAAUGAGAGCUCAGUCCAGGGAAAAACAGUGCUGACUCUGUUUAUGGUGGGUUUGCCUGGAGGAUCUGAAGCUCAACAGCAGCUGGAGGAAGAGAGUCGACAACACAGAGAUUUACUGCAGAGCAACUUUGUGGACUCCUACUUCAACUUGACCAUAAAGACAAUGGUGAUCAUGGACUGGUUGGCCACUCGUUGCCCUCAAGCAUCUUAUGCUAUGAAGGUUGAUUCUGACAUGUACAUAAAUGUGGAGAACCUGAUGACCCUCCUGCUGGCACCCAACACACCAAGACAAAACUACUUUACAGGAUUUUUGAUGUGGAACCAGAAUGUCAUUAGAAACAAAAAAUCAAAGUAUUACGUAUCAGAGGAGCUGUACCCUGAACCAAAAUACCCUUUGUAUGUGCUGGGAGUAGGAUAUGUGUUCUCCAACGAUCUUCCCAAAAAAAUAGUUGAGGCUUCCAAAAACAUGAAGCCAUUUAACAUUGAGGAUGCGUAUGUGGGCACUUGUCUGAAACGGCUGGGCGUAAAACCCUCACGCCCUCCAGAUCCUUCUCAGUUUCGGACCUAUAUGAAGGAUUCUAAACAUCAUGAUCUUUCUAAAGUCAUUACAACAAUCGCAAGGUCACCGAAGCAGAUAAUAAAGUUCUGGCAAAAUGUAAAGAGACAGAAAUUAACGGAUAAACCAGCAUGAAUGAGGAAAAUUAAGACCCAACACAUACUCUGUGAAAUAUAAAGUUGAAUCAAAAUUAGCCAACCCCUCAGAGACUACAGAAGUUUACAAAUACAAGCUUUUCUGAAGAUCCAGCACUUUAUAAAAAUUGCAUCUGCAGCAGUUUACUGGCAUAUUAAAAGUGAUGAUGUUAAUAUAUAAUGUAAGGUUUUUGAAUUACUGGAUUUUUUUAAUAACACAGCUGUCAUAAUUAUUCAACCCCUAUUUAACAUUGCUGUUUUAAGUUACUUACUUUUAUGGUAGGGAACAUAAUUGUCUUAAAACACAAUUACCCCUUUAACUGUCACUGUCCCCUCUGUGUGUGACCCCUAAGUUUACUUCACUAUAUUACAAUUAAAUCCUACUGUAAUCAUGACAAACUAUACAUCGUUGGAAAGGUCUAAGACUCUUAAAUAGAUAUUUUACCAUAUUUUUGUGUCACAAAUUAUGUAGGAAAAGUAACAGAUUAAUAUGUCAAGAGUGCAACUUAAAAAAAAAUCUACAUUAUAACAUGAGUUCUGACCUUUGUCACAAAAGACUUUCUUCGUCGCCUUUUUCCCUAUCACGUUUUAGAAAUCAUAAGAAAUUAUAUAUCAGUUCAAAACUUAAAAUCUCAAAAUUCAUCCUUUGAAAGGCAUUUUAAAAUCAGACCACGUUAAAAGUGGGAGCGUCUUCUGGUUCAAAGUAAACAAGUGGGACGUGACACUCAUUCAUUCAACAGUUGACAGGAGUUACGGGCAAAUGAAACCUCGUGAAGCACCGAGACUUUCCUCUGACUGUUUCGGGAAAAGAUUCAAAGCUUCAAGAGUGUCGAAAACAGCGCAAACUGGUGGUUAGUAAAAA